AUGAAGAUCUACUCAUUGGCCUUGAUCGCUCCUCUUGUCUCGGCAGCCUGUAGCGCGAACCUGAUUAGCCUGACGUUUAUGGUCAGCAACUUCUAUCCGUAUCAGUAUGAAACUGAGGGAUUCUGCCCUGUAGCUGGCAGCUGUGUGAACAUGGCUAGCGGCGCCAAUAGCUGGUCUCAGAAGGCGAACUGGGUACUCAUGAAGGCAAACACCUGUCUGAAUGCUGUUUCUGGUUUCUGUUCGGGGACAUAUCUGACCUAUGGAAACCAAGAUAGUAAUUACUUCAUCUACUGUCACAACCAGGUCUAUUGA